GACAGGCUGCAGCCCAGGCAGUUACACGUUUCCCACCCAGAAGUGUCUGUCCUAGUCACCAGCUUGGAGUCCGAAGUGGAUUGGUGACCAUGGCCGGGCUGGUGCUGUCUCCCGUGCCCAGCAACUGUCUGGUGUUGCUGCUGCUGCUUUCAGCAGGUGCGCUCGCAGCCAAAACAGAAGACAAGUACCGGGAUCCCAAAGGAAGCACUUGCUCCGGCAUCCGGCAGAACCCACGCUUCAUAGCCCGGAAAAGGGGCUCCACGGUGGAAAUCAGGUGCUACACUGAGGAGCCGGGGACCGUGAGCUGGCUCCGGAAGCGGGAGAUGGACUUGGAGCCCAAGCUGCUGCUGGAAGAGGGCGACAUACUGCAGACCCGGAACGACACCUUCGCCACGCUCACCAUCAAAGGCAUCCAUUCCCAGCACAGCGGCAUCUACAUCUGCCAGCAGGAGUGCCCAAAGGGGUUCCUGAGCAAGGGCUGCAGCACUGAACUGCGAGUCAUGGGGUUAAGCACCUUGGCACAGCUGAAGCGGAGGAACACACUAAAAGAUGGCAUCAUCAUGAUCCAGACACUGCUCAUCAUCCUUUUCAUCAUCGUGCCCAUCUUCCUGCUGUUGGACAAGGAUGACGGCAAGGCUGGGAUGGAUGAAGACCACACCUACGAGGGCCUGAACAUCGACCAGACGGCCACUUAUGAGGACAUAGUGACUCUGCGGACAGGAGAGGUGAAAUGGUCAGUCGGGGAGCACCCAGGUCAAGAGUGAGGGGCCGGCCCUCCCCACGCCCCUGGGCCCCGCCAGCCGGGCCUGCAUUGACUGUGUGAGAGCCGCCUCCAGCUCCCAGCUCGUCCCUUCUCCCCUGGACCUCGGUCAGCCUCCGAAGCUGGCCCACCGCAUCUGCCUGCCCCCCCGCCCUGGCGCCUGGUCCCCAGCUCUUGCCACAGAGACUGGAGCAGAAGGGCCGUAGGGCCGGGCAGUGAUUUGGAAUGGGGAGUUCUCUGGGGAUAGACUGGACCCAGACUUCUGGGGGUGCUGUGUGGGGGUCCAGCCCACGUUCAGAAUGGGGAAGGCAGAGGCUUGUCUGGAACCUGCGAAUGGACUCAGGCAGACCAGCUUCCUGCAGAGCCCAGGAAAAGCCAUGGGCCCUCCCACUUGGCCACAGAUGGGCCACAGAGGGCUACAUGCGUCUCCCACACUCCCUCCCUCUCGCUCCCUCUCUCACCGGCUCCUCCCUCUCCCACCCCAGGGGGCUCCCAGCCGUGAUCCCAUUCUCCCAUGGAAUAAACAGUGUGUCGAGAAACCAC